UCUCCGAACAAGCUGUUCUCAUAUCUCUGAAUAAACUUUGAAAAAACAGCAAAGUAGACAAGAAAAUGUCGAAAUUGCAGCAACUCAUUUUGGCUGUCGUUUUGGUGUUACAAGCCAGCAGCGCUUGGGGCGAUGUUAGCGAUAACAACAUGGGCCUUAAAGUCGCCAGACAAACCCAGUCGAUCAAUUCCUAUUACAAUUCCUACAAUCCAUAUAACGCUUGGCGUCCGUGGAAUUUCCCGUACUACCCCUACCAGCAGUACUACCAACCGAGUGCUCGAAUCCCACAAACUUCGACUGAUGCGACUUCAACCACAAGCCCGACAAGCCCGGCGGUUAUUCCGGCUGUGGAAAGCCAAUACGUCGAUUUCGGCCUAACCAGUUGCAAAUCUGACUGUUCCGAAGAGAGGGGCAAUUGUUUAGAUCCUGGCAUGUGCUCGAUGGCAGGCGGCAGAGCCAGUGGAGCGUGCCAUAGUAAUCCUGGACUCGUCUGUUGCGUCAGCGUGGUCAACACUUGCCACAGUCAUCACGGACCGUGGAGUGGUGACGGCUUGGUCAUCCUCAACAACACUUAUUGGCAAUCGUCUUUGAGGCCGAUCGAGCCUUCGUCCAGCUGCACUUUGACCGUCAAGUUGGACUCGAGAUUUCCUGAUCCGACUCAACCCGUUCCCAAUCCACUACCGAUUCCAUAUCCUCAGAAGCCCAUCUGUCAAGUUCGAUUGGAUUUCCUGGUGUUCUCUAUCUCUCAGCCGGAUUCGGAAUCCGUCUGCAGUGGUGACUAUUUCGAAGUAUCCGGAGCCACAAACAUAGUCCCGACCGUUUGCGGAUUCAAUGACGGACAGCACAUGUAUCUACAUGUGCCCAAUUCCGCUUACACGCCCACCGAUCUGCAAUUGACGUUCAACUUUGGGCCUUCCAGCAGCGAAAUUCGUGCCUGGAACAUUCUGGUGUCCAUGAUCCCUUGCAAUUCCGGAAUUAUGGCUCCAUCGGAUUGCCUCCAGUAUUUCACUAGUCGCACGGGAAGUAUCAAAUCGUUCAACUGGCGUGAUGUUGCCGGAUCGGCCACUCGCCAGUUGGCCAAUCAAGACUACAGCAUCUGCUUCCGGACAGUACCAAUUAUUCAGAGACAACUAUGUCUGACGCCGUGUCAGGUGGUGACAAGUCAAAAGCCGUUUAGUAUCAGCACGCCAACUAAUACGGCGGCUGCCGCUACGGCCCAAACAUUUACCCCCGACGUGAGCCAGUUGGUAUCCCUCAACUGCAACAACGACUACCUCGUCGUUCCGGGCGGAUUCAACAUUGGAAAUCCUCCUGCCGUUCUCAACAUGGCCUUCGAUCGCUACUGCGGAGAGCGACUCAACGCUCUUCCAGGCAGCACCAACUCUACCACCAUUUGCACUACUGCCAUGCCCUUCCGGAUGCUCUACCGUACGAAUCGCGACGAGACGUUGACUGCGCCCACGUCAGAUGCGCCCGCUAAUUCGAUUCCGGUCAACGGCAACCGUGGAUUCUGUCUUACUUUCAAAGUUUAAUUUAAGGAUCAUGAGAUUUUCUGUCACCAGAUUUCUUUGGGUGGAGGUUCCCUAUUUUGGUUCUUUAAAAAAAAGGAAACGCAAUUGGCACGUAAUCUAAAAAAAAAAAGGGCUAUCGCAAUACAAAUAUUUGUUUUCA